AUGCCGGGAACGCUUAAAAAGGUGGCAGGGGUUGUACACGACGCAGUGCAGCAGGCUGUGAUGCAAUACGGCUAUGACGACGAGCUCUACCAGGCAUGGAGGGACGGCGAGAUAGGCGAAAAGGACUUGCCGGAGGAGGUGAUGGCUAUGACUUUGGACCUUUGCGAGAGGUGGCGAGCGGAGCAAGAGCGGUGUAGGCGCGUCCACGCGGCGCAGCGGCUCUCCCGCGACCCCGCUCCCAGGCCCCUCUCGUAG